GUCUUUCGGCCCUGGCACGUUCAACGGGCAAGAUCCGCCACUACCUAUAAACCACUAAACCAAAGCUCCAAACAUAUGAAACUAUAAAAUUCAAACCAAUAAAUACAAUACCAGUAUCAGAAAAAUAGCUAAUGAUGAACUGACAAGCGUAAAAAACACUAUUGACAAGCUUUGUUUUUAAUAGAUAAGUUAAAACACUAUUCACAAGCUUUGUUUUUAAUAGAUAAGUUAAUUAAUAAGUUAAUAGAUAGGUUAAUAAUUGAACAAGACGAUUGAGUAGGAAGAAAAAACAACACGUGAAAGAGACAAAAUAGAUGGUUGUAACGCGUCUAUUUUUCUCUAUUUGACCGGUUCGUCGUAACGUGCGGGUCCUAGAUCGACUCAGUUAUUAUUUUCUACGUUUUACCUUUCACUCUAAUUUUUUCACUUUAACACACUACAACAGGUGUGCGUGGCUCAACGAUUUUACGUAUGCUUUUCGUUCGGUGUUAUUUUUUCCUUUUUUUAUUUAUUUUAUUUAUACGAGCUUUGACGAUGUUGGUGAUCGCUAGCAGUGGUAUGACAUUAGUGCUACAUGGCAUUGUACCUCCUUUACUUAAAAACUAAUUUUACGUACAUAUUUAUAUGUACGUGUUGGUAUGAAUCUGAUUUGCUCUACGUUUCGACGUAAACUUUUUCUAGGAAACGAGUCAUGUCAAAUAUAAUACGUCUUUGUUUAAAAAACAUUUUUACGUGCAUAUUUUUAUGUACAUUUCGCUAUAAAUUUGAGUUGGUGUACAUUUCGACAAAAACUUUUUUGCGAAAAGAGUCAUGUCAAAUAUAAUAUGUUUUCGUGUUUAUUUUAUGAAUGUUUCGUAAAUUUGUUUCGAAUCGACUGAAGUCAAAUUGUGGUUUCUUUUUUUCCCAUUUUUUCAAAAGCUCCAAUUAUUCCCUUAUGAUUAAACGUGGCAGCUUUUCCCUUAUACCCAUCACGUUUUCUAUGUAUUAGUCGGGUCACAUAUGAUAUGUUAUGAUGGUACAAUAUAAAUUCGAUUUACUUUAUGUUUUGAUCCAGUCACAUUGCUUAUACUGGUUACAUUGACUUCAAUCAGAUACACGAAACACGCGUUUUCAUAUGAUUAACGCAUCACAUAACGUUUGGACUAAUAUAUUCGAUUUUUGCGAUGUAGCCGCACCGCAAUGCGCGAGAGUGAUAUUCCUAGUUUAACCUAUUUUAUACCUUUUUUCCUUUUCUCAUUUCACUUUAAAGCCAUAUUGGUCCCCACUCUCUUUUUACUUGAUAAUUCGCCCUGUUCCACAUAUUUCAUUAAAUUGAAGGUGUUCCACACGAUUGAGAGAUAAUAGAUGGCUUGCAAGUGGAAGUGGGAUAGUGGACGAUAGAAUUUGUUCUCCUCCAACCAUAUUUAGCUCAACACGAGGCUCUUGAACCACUAUAAAUGUUAAUGUUGUAGGCCACAAGUUUAAGACUACGGAGAGAUGAUUCAUCACCCUACAAGUGAUUCAACCGGUGACCUGAAAUCCAUCAGUCAACAGCAUAUUCAUAUUUGGAUUGCUUCCGGCGAGCAACUACCACCAGUAGCAUUGAAUCUCCCUCGUCCAGAUCUACUUGUUGGAAGAAGAGAUUACAAUGAGAUACUAGUCCCUUCUUAUAAGGCAACAAUAACUGGUGAUUGGAAAGCAGCGAAAAACAUUCUUGACAAGCGCCCGGAAUUGGUACGGUUCAGCAUCACUGAAAGCUGUGAAACAGUGCUGCACAUUGCGGUAUUGGGAAAAUCAUACUGGUUUGUGGAGUAUCUGGUGAGUUUGAUGGAGAAGAAGGACUUGGAGCUCCAAAAUGUGAAUGGUCAAACCGCGCUUUGCCUAGCGGCUAUGGCUGGACAUGUCAAAAUAGCUAAGAUUUUGGUGAAGAAGAACCUUGCCCUGCUGGAUAUUCCUGAUAGUCAGGGAAUGAUGCCGCUCCACAUGGCGGCUUUAUAUGGAAAGCAUGAUAUGGUGAAGUAUUUGUAUCAAAAUUCGCAGAGAAUGACUGGUGACUUCUGGACACAUCAGAAUCGGGCCGAUCUUCUUGUCAAAUCCGUCGAGUCUAAUCUAUUUGAUGUUGCAUUACAAAUUGUGACCGACCGCCCAGAACUUGCCGUAAACGGGCAUGUACUCGGACUGUUGGCUCGAAAACCGUACGCGUUUGAUGCAGAAGCACCUAAUAUAACCAGGAGAUUGAAAUGUUGGCGUAAGAAUCUCCUUUUCUUGUAUUCUCUUCUUGUAUGUCAUAUGAGGGUUAAUAUUCCCAGCAUGGAAAGUCAUGCCUUGCAAUUACUAAGAAUAAUUUGGGCCGAGAUUGUGAAACUACCCAAGGUUGAGAUUGACGACAUAUUAAGAGGGCCACCUGAUCAAACCGAGGGAGAUGAAAAGCAGACACAUGCUGAAAAGAAACAACAAGAAAUGCUUCUACUGCUAAGGACCAUUUCGGAGAAUAUUGCAAAGAUGCCGGCUAAAAUUUGUAACAUAUUCAGAGGGCCCACUGAUGAAAAGAUGGCGACUAAAAAAGACGCAAAGCCAACUUACUCAUCCCGAGUACUAUUUCUUGCUGCAGAAAUUGGGAACACUGCGUUUGUAGUUGAGGUUAUUCGGCAAUAUCCUCAUCUAGUACGGGAGGUAAAUGAUAAAAAUCAAAGUAUAUUUCACAUCGCUGUCUCACAUCGUCACGAGGGUAUCUACAACAUGUUAUAUGACAUAGGCUCGCUCAGGAAUUUGAUAAUUACUCUUGAAGACAAGAAUGGCAACAAUUUGUUGCAUUUGGCUGGGGAGAGUCCGAAGAUAAAUCGACUAGAGAACAUUCCAGGAGUGGGUCUGCAACUGCAUCUAGAAACAUUAUGGUUCAAGGAAGUAGAAGCCAUGCUCCCUCCUCCUUUUCGAGAGAAGAAGAAUGCAGCGGGUCUAACACCACAUGAAGUAUUCCGAAAGGAGCACAAAGAACUAUUUUCGAAAGGUGAGGAAUGGAUAAAAGAAACAGCCGGUCAAUUAAUGGUGGUUGCAUCACUAAUAGCCACCAUCUCAUUUGCAGCAGCAUUCACAUUUCCAGGUGGAUAUGACCAAGUAACCGGUAUGCCUAUCUUCCUCAGAAAAGACCUUUCCAAAACUUUCAUUAUUUUUGAUGGUUUGUCAUUCAUAACCGCGACAACCUCUAUCCUCAUGGUCUUGUGUAUCCUCGGGUCUGAUUACACUGAACAUGAUUUCAUGAUUUCGUUACCCCAACAGCUGAUGAUUUGUCUAGCGUCACUUUUCAUCUCGAUAACAACCAUGAUCCUAACUUUUAUUAUCAACUUUUUCCUACUUUAUCAAAACAAUUCUCAAUGGAUACCGAUUUUUAUCAUCUGUUUUGCUGUUGUCACAUAUGUUAUCUUUGGUAGCCCGAAAUUUCCUCUCGUAGGUCGCUUUUUGUAUGGUUCUAGAUUUCUUUUCCAAAGGGACAGGAGAAUGCUUAAGAAACCAAUAUUUUAGCAUUGUUUGACCCGGUUUCACAUUGUAAGUAAAUAUUUGACAAUAAAGAUACAAUUGUAAGUAAUGUUGAACUCAUAUUAUUAGCAGACCUUUUUGGUAUGUCACAGGUCUUGUAAAAGUUGAUCAUGUGUUAAUUAGUGUAGACAAUCUGUAUUAUGUUUUGUACUAAA